CCGCAAGUGAAUGAGGGGUGAAGGGAGGUAUCUUCUUUGUUCUGGAGCCUGCCCUGGAAUUAAGCUCGCGCUACUCAGAAGAGGGAGAAGUGCUGAGUGAGGCCGAGGAGCAGCAGCAGAGCCAGCACCUGGUGACGAGCGGUUAUCUCUGGCUCCAGAGCCAUGCCCUGGCAGCUCUCUGCAGUGGUGGUGCUCUUCGUGUCCCUGGCUGUGAUUUUGCAUUAUGGCAGUCAAAUAACAGCACAAGUGUCUCCAGAAACCGGGGACUAUCUACCUACAACAGCAGGAACAGCAGAGGCCACAGCAAAGCCUUUUCUGCAACUAACUCACCACAUCCCUAGCCAAACUUUAGCAGCCAGAUCAAUGAAUGGUCACACCCCCUCUCACAGAGCUGCCCCAACCUCCAGCUCUGAGCUCCCAACCACACACACAACAGUAAAAACUCUAGUAACAACAUCCUUGCUAACUACAAACAGCACCCCGACUACCAGCCCAACAGCCCACACCCUAGUCACAACCUUGGCCACACCCAAUAACUCACACACAGCAGCUUCUCUCACUGAAGCUACAAUUGGUCCCAGUGCAGCCCCAGGUUCACCGCCAACCACCUUCCCUCCAUCGGCCCAUACGACAGGAACAAGCCCAUCGACUGUCAGCCACACAACUAGGAAAACCACCCAACCCAGGAACCAGACCGCCCUUCCAGCAACCUUGUCCACCCCACCGCUUAACAGCACAACCAGUCACCAGUCUGCCCAACCCAGUCAUGCCCCAGGCCCAACCACAGCUGCACACAAUACCACCCACACGGCCUCACCUGCCGCCACGACUUCUGGGCCCACUCUUGCACCUCGGCCUUCGUCAGCCAAGACUGGAAUGUACCAAGUUCUAAAUGGAAGCAGGCUCUGUAUCAAAGCCGAGAUGGGGAUAGAACUAACAGUUCAAGACACAGAGUCGGUUUUUUCACCUCAGAGAUACUUCAACAUUGACCCCAACGCAACCCAAGCCUCUGGGAAGUGUGGCUCCCGAAAAUCCAACCUUCUCUUGAAUUUCCAGGGCGGAUUUGUGAAUUUCACAUUUACAAAGGAUGAAAACUCGUAUUACAUCAGUGAAGUGAGAGCCUGUUUGACAGUUGCAAACCCAGAGAAAAUUUACCAAGGAAUGAAAAGUUCUGUGGUGAUGUUUGAGACUGUGGUUGGGCAUUCCUUCAAAUGUGUGAGUGAACAGAGCAUCCAGUUGUCAACCCACCUUCAACUGAAAACAAUGAAUGUCCAAUAUCAAGCCUUUGAUUUCGAAGAUGACCACUUUGGAAAUGUGGAUGAGUGUUCGUCUGACUACACAAUUGUGCUUCCUGUGAUUGGGGCCAUUGUACUUGGUCUCUGCGCUGUGGGUUUGAUUGUCUAUGGAAUCCGCCUAAGACGUGAAUCAUCUGGAUACCAGAGAAUCUAAUUGGUGCCCAGGGGGAAAGAAUGUAAUGGUGUUUAGAGAAUUCGUUCAUCGGUUCCAGGAUAUUGGGGAUAUUUCCAGAAUAUUUCCUUAGAAUUAGUGCUUCCAACAAUGUAAACCACCAUCUUUCACAAACCCAAGCAGCAAAUUCUGAUUGAAGUCCAAGCAGCAAAUCAAUUUCUGCAGAAUGUUUGUUCAUUUUAUGAAAGAUCUAGUGAGUUGUUUCAGAGUAUUUUCCAACUUCCUGCAAAAUAUUUUAACCAUUGCUAAGUCAACAUUUGAGAUAUGUUAAAUUAACAUAAUGUAUGCAAAGUGGUAUAUGCUUCCAAAUUAUAAACUAAAAUGUCAAUUGUAAUUAAAGCUACCUGUGCACAUUGGGGAUUUUAUUUUAUCCUUCAUCUUUCCCAUUUAAAAAAAAAUGCCUCUACUUUACCUAUGAAAUGGACUUCUAGUGUUUUUACUCUCCAUGUUUUAUAUGAUACACAUAUAUCUGAUGACCUGCUUGCCUCCUUUCCACAUUAAUUUUUUAAAAAUCAUGAAAAAAACUACCAUAUCACAGGUUGUCUAGGUUUGAUGUGAAACUAACAAGAAGAACAAAUCAACUUAUAAUCUUGAUGACUCCUCCUUCAGAAUCACUAGAGACACAGAACUCGGUGGCUAUGGACAACAGAAUUCACUAAUAAGCCAGAAACAAUAGCCCUUAAUUUUUUAACGCAUCUAUGCCAGACACUAGGCUAAGUUUAGAUACAGCCCAUUUAAUUCUCACAACUUCUAGAUGAGUAAACUCAAACGUCAGGGAAUUAAUCCCCUCCAUGUCACCAGCUCACAAGUGGCAGAUGCAGAAUUUGAGUGCCAGCUGGUCUGUGGUAAGAUCUCUGGACUUUUCAUUACACCAUUGACACUGACUGCUACCUGAAGCCUCACACCAGCACACGUUCCUUUAUCACAGAGAAAAUUAAUUUCUCCAGAGUUAUGAGAGAUUAGGAGACACGAAAUGAGGACUUGAUAGGUAAUGAAAUAGCUGAUCUUCAACAAAGUUCUCUACCUCCUUGACAGGGGACUGGGGGACUCUGAAUGAAAAACUCGGGUUUCUUAUUUGUAUAGGAUUGUGCCACUGUGGCUCUAGAGAUAAAGGAAUGGAGGAAACUUCUUAAGUCAUUUUUUAUUUCUUUGAAAAUAGAGAAAUCUAACCACCAACCACCUUUUCUUUCUUGACCAUAGAUCCCCCUCUUGUGGUAAAUUGCUUCUUCUGCACUGUUACAGCCACAUUUUCUAUUCUAAUUCACUUUAUUCAGUAGCGCAACCUGCCAAGAAUUGAAUUCCUGCUUGUUUUUACAAUUAAAGAAAGGAGCUAAGUCUACUAACAGAAAAGACCACAUAACCCUAGGAUUCUUUAGGAAAGGAAUAAUUCAGGUCACCCUAGAAGACAUGUUGACUUUCUUGACUUGUUCUCUUAUGAGUCAAUAGGGUUGGCAAGAUUCUCGGUUUAGUGUUAAUAGAGUAUUGAAUUGUAUUAGAAGUUUUUGCAAUAAAAACUUUAUUUGGAGGUGAA